AUGGCCAUCCUAACGGCUCAAUCGACCAGUACGGCGGCCGCGACAACGCUCACCCAACCGGCCGGUACGUCCGGCUGGGGCAAGUUCGUGCUGCUUCUCUGGAAGAACUUUCUACUACACUGGAGAAGCAAAGUGUCCAGCCUGGUAGAGAUCUUCAUUCCACCCCUGUUCAUGCUGCUGAUGGUGGGGCUGCGCAGUUUAACCGAAAUCGAACACGUCCCGCACGUUUCCGUCUACCAGCCGCUGGAUAUCACCAACUUUACCGCUAUCAGGAGGAACAUGGUCAUACCGUUCCAAGACACUCUCGCCUACUCCCCAAACGGGCCAGCCCUCCGCACCCUCAUGGAGCCGGUCGGUGAGUGGAUGAAUCUGGAGCUCCAGCCCCUCCCGAAUGGGUCUGCCCUGCAAGACUUCCUGCUCGGUACGAACUCGUUCGCUGGUGUAGAGUUCGACAUACGGCUGAAUGGAUCGAGCACGCUACCGCAGCGCUUAAACUACCGCUUACGCUUUCCGGGUGAACAGCGGUCACAGUUCACCGUCGGCCAUAGCUGGCAGACGGAUCGACGCUGGGGCUCGCGCCCCGAUGGCGGUGCCCGGUUUGCCGAGGAAAGCGAUGGUGGACCAUCGCCCGGUUACUUCCGCGAAGGGUUCCUAACGCUGCAGCACUUUAUCUUCAAAUCGUUCGCGCAACAGUUCAAAACGAUCCCCGAUCCGAUACCGGACGUGUAUCUGCAACGGUUUCCCUAUCCCCCGUUUCGGGAGGAUAGUUUCCCCUCGAGCUUAACCACCUUUCUGCCGAUCUCGGUAAUGUUGGCGUUUAUCUACCCGUGCAUCAGCAUCGUGAAGAACAUUCUGUUCGAGAAGGAGAAACAGAUCAAGGAAGCGAUGAAGAUCAUGGGCCUCCAGAACUGGGUGCUGUGGACUUCCUGGUUCGUCAAGUGCUUCGUGUUUACGCAGAUCUCGAUCGGGCUGGUAGUACUGUUCCUGAAAGUGCCCUGGUACUCGACGCCGAACGUUUCUGUGCUGACGUACUCGGAUGCCGGUGUGAUCUGGUUGAUCUUCUUCGUGUACGGCAUAUCGAUCAUUACCUUCUCCUUCAUGCUGAGCACGUUGUUUUCUAAGGCUAAUUCGGGUGGUGCGGUUGCGGCCAUCAUCUGGUUCCUGGCGUUUGCACCGUACAUCAUUAUGGUGCAGGAUUACCGCAACCUAACAGUCUCGCAGAAGCUUGGAUCGGCGCUGCUUCUCAACUCUGCGAUCGGGUUCGCGAUGCGGUUGGUCGGUGUGUACGAAGGCACUACGCAGGGCGUUCAGUGGUCGACACUAUUUCACGAUAGCGAUGUGGAUGAUAUCAACAUAGGGCAGAUGCUGCUAAUGUUGCUUGGUAAUGCGGCGAUCUACAUGCUGAUUACGCUCUACAUUGAGCAGGUGUUCCCGGGAGACUUUGGACUAGCGCAACCGUGGUACUUCUUUGUGACGAAACGCUUCUGGUGCGGUGAACGACCAUCCUCCGAUGAACCCGUAAGCCAAAGUGUUUCCAGUAAAAUGAACGACAACAUCGAGGCAGAGCCAAAAGGACGCAUCCCCCGCAUACAGAUCCGCGAGCUUCGGAAAGUGUACUCCAACAAGAAGAUUGCAGUAGAAGGAUUAUCAUUUAACAUGUUCGAGGGACAAAUAACGGCCCUGUUGGGACACAAUGGUGCCGGCAAGACUACCACCAUGUCGAUGCUGACGGGUAUGAAGCGUCCCAGCUCCGGCACGGCCAUCAUCUGGGGACACGACAUACGAACGGAGAUGAAAUCGGUUCGGCUAUCGCUGGGCUACUGUCCACAGCACAACAUCCUCUUCGAUGGACUGACGGUGCGUGAACAUCUGUACUUCUACGGACGUCUGAAAGGGCUCUCGAAGUUGCAAGCCCAGUACGAAAUUGACAAGUACAUUAAAGCGCUGGAGCUGGUGGACAAGGCGGAUGUCCGUUCGUCCAGCCUGUCCGGUGGUAUGAAGCGAAAGCUCUGUGUCGGUAUCGCCCUAUGUGCCGGCUCGCGGGUAGUGCUGUGCGACGAACCAACGUCCGGCAUGGAUCCGGCAGCAAGACGUGCGCUGUGGGAUCUACUGAUCGCAGAGAAGACGCGCCGCACCAUGAUCCUUUCGACACACUUCAUGGACGAAGCGGAUAUGCUCGGUGAUCGUAUCGCGAUCAUGGCGGACGGUAAGCUGAAGGCAGUUGGAUCGUCGUUUUUCCUGAAGAAAAAGUACGGUGUUGGCUAUCGGUUGAUAUGCGUGAAGCAGCCGGACUGUGAUGUGGACCGGGUGACGGAGGUACUGCGCAAGCACAUCCCGCCCAUACAGGUGGAGUCGAACGUCGGCUCGGAGCUGUCGUACCUGCUGCAGGAGGAACAUUCGCGCGGCUUUCAGACGAUGCUGGAAGAGUUGGAAAAGCGUGGUGAGGAGCUGUGCAUCUGCGACUUUGGCAUAUCACUUACCACGCUCGAGGAGGUGUUCAUGAAGGUUGGUUCCGACUCGACCGGUGUGCCGCAGGUGGGCGAGGAGGCAAGUCUGCACAGCCUGCACUCGUACAGCACCGGGACGGACCUUGAGUCACGUACUACGGUUGAUGACUAUGAGCUGUUGGAAGGAUGGCGGCUAUUCGUCUAUCAGAUUUGGGCACUAUUCCUGAAGAAGAUCUACCAGACGUAUAGGAAUUGGUUCUUGCUGGUAGUGCAGGUACUGAUUCCGGUGCUUUUUGUGGCGGUAACGAUUGCGGUGGUGCGGAACUGGGGCGGUUCGGGGGAUAUGCCACCGCGCGCCCUUGGGCUGCGAUUUUACAAUCCCUCCUUGACGUUGAUACAGCGCGAACCAGAUGAUCAAGCUGAUCCACUCCAACAACAGAUUCUGGACAACUACAUGAAGCUGUUUCGCAGUAUGCCAAGCAUACCGUUACGAAUCGUGGAUUGGAUGGAGGACGUGUUUCUACACUUUGCCGACCUGAACUUGAUGAUGGUCAAUCGGCAGUUUAUCGUGGGGGCUGGCAUCUUGAAUCACAAUCUGACGGCUUGGUUUAACAAUGAGGCACUCCAUUCACCACCGGUCGCGUUGCAGAUGAUGCACAACGCUUUGCUUACCACGUUUACGGGAACGCGAGGGUACAACAUUUCCAUCACGAACUUCCCACUGCCGUACACGGAUGAAACGAGGCUUCAACUGAUGCGUACGUUUAACAAUCUAGGCUUCCAGCUGGCUUACUACACCGGCUUCGCAAUGUCGUUCGUGGUGGGUUUCUACGUCAUCUUCUACAUUCGCGAACGCGUCACCAAAGCGAAACUGCUCCAGCUCGUCAGUGGUGUCAACCGGCUGACCUACUGGUUCACGGGAUUCAUCUGGGACUACCUGACGUACGCGUUCGUGUGCAUCUUUAUCAUCGUAACCGUAGCAAUCUUCCAAGAGCCGGGCUUCAGUACCGGCGGCGAAGUGUUCCGGCUCUACUCGGUGUUCCUGUUCGUUGGAGUGCCUGCGCUACCCCUGACGUACAUCGUAACGCUGUACUACAAUGUAGCACCGGCCGCAUUUAUCCGCAUAAGCGUAGCGUACAUCGUCACCGGGACGGCACUGUUCAUCUUUGUGUAUCUGCUCGGCACGGACAUGUUCGAGCUGGAGGAACUCUCGGAGGUCCUAUCGAACGUGUUCCUGAUCUUUCCCCACUUUGCACUGUGCGAUGCGAUCGUCAAUCUGAGCCAUAUGUCCGUUACGAUCGAUGCGUGUGAUGCAGUACGUCCGCCGGGUGUAACCCCGCUGCCCAUCUGCGAGGACGGGCUGUACUACUACCAGUGGGAACGGCCCGGUAUUGGGCGGCAUCUGUUUUACUGUCUCGUGAUGACGGUCGCCUACUUUGCGAUACUGUUGCUGCUCGACUUUAAGGUGCUAAAGUUGCUGGUGCAGAAGGGACGCGAGUGGUACCAUCGCAAACACUUCAAAGCGGACACGGGUGACGGUACGCGGGAGAUGGAUUCGGAUGUGGCAAGGGAGAAGGAGCGGAUCGCUGCCAUGACGGUGGAGGAACGAGCGCGCACCAAUCUGGUGGCACAUGAGAUGACCAAGUACUACAAUCGGUUCUUGGCCGUCAAUCAGCUGAGCGUUGGUAUCAACAGCUCGGAAUGCUUUGGAUUACUUGGUGCUAAUGGAGCGGGUAAAACGACCACCUUCAAGAUGCUGUCCGGCGAUGAGACGAUCUCGUUUGGCGAUGCCUGGAUCAAGGGUCACAGCCUGAAGAGUGAGCUGAAAAAGGUCCACCAGCAUAUCGGUUACUGUCCACAGUUUGAUGCACUGAUCGAAGAUCUUACCGGGCGGGAAACGUUAAAGCUGUUCUCGCUGCUGCGUGGCGUGCCGAGGUUCAAUAUCCCCACCGUCAGUAUGUACCUGGCGCGGGAGUUUGGCUUUGAGAAGCAUCUGGACAAACAGGUCAAAGCGUACAGUGGUGGCAACAAGCGCAAGCUAAGCACUGCCCUUGCGAUGCUCGGCAAUCCGUCGGUCGUGUACCUGGACGAACCGACGUCCGGUAUGGAUCCGGGGGCGAAGCGCAACCUCUGGAACGGUGUCUGCCGGGUGAGGGACAGUGGCAAAACGAUCGUACUGACGUCACACAGCAUGGAGGAGUGCGAGGCACUGUGUACGCGGCUGGCCAUCAUGGUGAACGGGGAGUUCAAGUGCAUUGGUUCGACGCAGCACUUGAAGAACAAGUUCUCGCAGGGUUUCGUGCUGACGAUCAAGGCGAAGCGCGUCGAUGGUGGUGGCAAGGGGAAGGAAAGCGAUACGCUUGAUCUGCAGAACAUUAAGGAUCACAUUGUGGCGAAGUUUCCGGAUUCGCACCUGAAAGAGGAAUACCAGGACCUACUGACGUACUACAUCCGCUCUAACAGCAUGAAAUGGUCGCAGAUCUUCGGCGUGAUGGAGCAGGCAAAGCAGCAGCUCAAUAUUGAGGAUUACUCGAUCGGACAAACGAGCCUGGAGCAGGUGUUCUUAGCGUUUACCAAGUACCAAAGAGAAUGAUCGCAAUCGCUACGCUCAACUCGAAGAACUUAAUGCCGUACCGUACUAAUGUAAGAAUGGAGAGAUACUUUUAAGGGAAAACUAUUGUAAGCAACGACCCUGAUGGUGACCAGUGUGUUUUGUCAUCAUUUUCAUCCAAAAUCAAAUACACGACAACGACCAAUUUU